GUAGACGGAAUGUUUCCGGUCGACGUUAUUUUGAGAGAGGACUGGAGAAUCGGAAGGUUUACUUUUGUACUUUUACGGCUUCACCAUGGAGAAUUCAGCGUUUGCUCCUGGUCCUAACAAGGACAACAUUCGAGCCGGUUGCAAAAAAUGUGGAUAUCCGGGCCAUUUAACGUUUGAGUGUCGAAACUUUGUCAGAGUUGACCCCCAAAAGGACAUUGUUCUGGACGUCAGCAGUACCAGCACGGAGGAGAGUGAAGAUGACAUGCCUGCAGCUCAGCAAAAUGUAAAGCGAGAGAAGAGUGGUCAGCAUCGCAGACGUUCCCCUGACGAUGACGGAAACGAGAGACAGAAACGGAAAAAGUACCGACACAGAAAGUCCAGAAAGAGAUCACUUUCAUCAUCAAGUGAUGGGGAUACCAUGAAGAAAAAAAAGAAACACAGCAGGUCCAGCUCCUCAUCUGAUCAAGAGGAGAAGGGGAAGAAAAAGAAAUUGAAAAGCCACAAGAAGAAAAGCAAAAAGAACAAACACAAAAAGGAGCACGGGAAGAAUCCCAAAAAGAAACAAAAAAGCAGGAAACAUAAAUCAUCAUCUUCAUCAUCAUCCUCUUCUUCCAGCUCCAGUGAAUCAUCAGACAGCGACUAAGGUAUAACUUGAUGCUAGACGUCUAACGUAUCUCAGUCACUGAAAAGUGUAUGUUGCAGACAUUGUGUAAAUCAGACACCCAGGCUUGUUCCACAGAGAAGGUGAUAUGAAUUCUUAAAGCAAACACUUUCAUCUUUAUAAGUAUAGUUUGUUUUCACACUUCAGAGUUGACAUCCAUACUGAGCCACUGUGUUGUUGUUGUUUUUCAUAUAUCUGAUAAAAUUCUCCUAACAAGUCGCAAGUGACAUGUUUAGUGUCAUAUUGAACAUCACUGUAUAGUGUCCAAUAAAGAACUUAAGGUAGAAGCCAGGAUAUUUGGUUCCUGUAAUUUGUCAAGCCAAAGUUAUUUAUUUUUGGUGUUUUCUUAUACAUUUUGUUGAUUUAAUCCUUUUAGAUUCUGCUAAAAAAAUUGUAGUGAAUUGUGAAUUCAUCUUCAAUUGACCAGAGGGUUUGUCUUUAUGUAGUUUUUGCUCAUUAAGUCUUUGAACUUACUUGUAAGACAGUGUUGCUGCCAGUCAUGUCAAUUAAUUUUUAUCACAUAUUCAGCCAAUUCAGCAUUCAUUCCAAAACAUUUGUGAUGAUAUUGGGAAAAUUGUCAACACCAUAGCUUCUUUAUGCAUUGUGCAUUUUUGUCAUCCACCACUUUUUUCAUGGGUUCAGACUUUGGUCCUCCUCAAUAAUUGGAAUUCUCUGAUGGAAUUAAAAAUAUAUUUGUGUUAAAGGUA